CAAAAUAAAUGAUAGAAAAGAAAAAGUAAAAAUCCUUGAUUUUUUUGUAGUAAUCUACCAAAUAAGUAUGAUAAAAAUCCAUAAAAAUAUGAUAUUUAAAGAAUCAACAUAAUUUUAUCAAUUUCACAAUAACCAAAAAGGGAAAGAAAAAUAAAUAACUGAAAAGACCCUUGUGCCCCAAGCCAGAAUAUAAAGUAUAUAAAUACAUUCUUCUAAGCCUUAGGGUUUUUGUCGUUCUCCACCUUUUCUCUUUAACCUAGACGCUUUCUUCCCUUCUUCUCCAUGGACAAUAAGUCUGCCACCGCUGCUGAAGCAGAUCCUUCUGUGAUCGAAGCCACAACGCAUCUAGAGGAAGUUAACAGAGAGCCGAAAGAUGUUUUGGAGAAACAUAAGAAAGACAUGGCUGAGAAGAAAAUAUCUGAUGUGAUGGAGAUAUUGCAAGGAGUGGCUGAUCGUCUUCAGAAGAUGGAAGAAAAGAUGGAUAGUCGUCUUCAAAAGAUGGAAGAAAAGGUGGAUUUGUUGAUCUCAUCGUUUAGUGUAAAAGCGGAGGCAGAUAACAUGUCUAUCGAUCAAUUCUCUUUUGGCCAGGAAUCUGGUGAAAGGUAUAGUAAUGACCGUUUUGGUCGUUUUUCAGAUGGUCCUGGUCAGGAGCCUUAUAAUCGGUUUUUAUUUGGUCCUGGUCCUGGUCAGGAGACCUAUGACGGUUUUGGUCGUGUUUUCGAUGGUCGUGGUCGUGGUCAGGAGACCGAUGACCGUUUUGGUUGUUUUUUCGAUGGUCCUGGUCGUGGUCAGGAAACCGAUGACCGUUUUGGUCGUUUCUUCAACGGACGUGGCCGUGCUCUUAAUGUUGGUGGUCGUUUAAGAGGUGGUCGUUGUGGCGGUCAAGGCUACUGUGGCGCUUGUUGAGCUAAUAUGGGGAAGAAGAAACCUAGUUUGCUACUCAGCGACGAGCCUACGACGACUAUCUUCGACGAUUAGGAGUGGAAAGCUUUUUCUUAGAAUGAGAGGAAUCUCUUUGGUAUUUUAGCUUGUGAAUCAUUGCCACCUUUUCACUACAAGAAAACAGUGACAUACCGAGGGAAAAAAUCGUCGGUAUGUCGUCGGAAUAACGUUAUUCCGACGACAUACCGACGAAACAAGUCCUCAGAAAUAACUCCUCGGAAAUUCAUUUUUCCUCGGAAAUCCCUCGGAAAUUUCUGACGGAAUUCCGAGAAAAUGAAUUUCCGAGGAAACUCCGAGGAC